GUUGCAGGUGCGGGCAGGAAGGACUUGCAGUCUUGGUUGCUGGUGUACCCGACUCAGCACCUCUGACUGGCUUCGUGUCCCUGAGGCUCACCAGAAAAAGCUUUCUCAGCCCUCGGACUUCUAUACCUUCCAGAGAGAGACUUUUGUGAUCUCCAACCUUGACCCCUGCAGAGGCUGAGCGAUGGCGUCCAUGGGACUACAGGUGCUUGGAAUCGCUUUGGCGGUCCUGGGCUGGCUGGGCGCGAUUCUGAGUUGUGCGCUCCCCAUGUGGCGGGUGACCGCCUUCAUCGGCAGCAACAUCGUCACGGCGCAGACCAGCUGGGAGGGCCUGUGGAUGAACUGCGUGGUGCAGAGCACCGGGCAGAUGCAGUGCAAAGUGUACGACUCGCUGCUGGCCCUGCCGCAGGACCUGCAAGCUGCCCGAGCCCUCAUAGUCGUCUGCAUCAUCGUGGCUGCCGUGGGGAUGCUUCUCUCAGUGGUUGGAGGCAAGUGCACCAACUGCAUGGAAGACGAGACCACCAAGGCCAAAACCAUGAUAGGAGCCGGCGUCGUAUUCAUCGUGGCUGCCUUGCUCGCUAUGGUGCCUAUAUCCUGGACCGCACACAACGUCAUCCGCGACUUCUACAACCCCUUGGUGGUUUCCGGGCAGAAAAGGGAGAUGGGGGCCUCGCUUUACAUCGGCUGGGCGGCUUCUGGGCUGCUGCUCCUGGGAGGAGGCCUGCUCUGCUGCAACUGCCCACCUCGUAGCAACGACAAGCCCUACUCCGCCAAGUACUCCGCCGCCCGCUCUGCUCCCGCCAGCAACUACGUGUAAGGUGGGCCACUCUGCUAUGCCCCCGUUACCUUCAUCAUUUUUCUCAGAUUGAGUUCACAACAACCUGUGAUAACCCUCACUUCCCUCGGGACCUGCCCUGCCGUGGGCCACACUAACUGCAGGGGACAGCAAGCCCGGAUUGUGCUAAGUUUCUGCUUGGGGAACCAUCUGCCCCCCCUUGGACACAUAUCAAGGCUCCUUACUCCAGCAAGGAUGAAUGUAAAAAUACUUCCUUGCUGCCUAUAUCCAAAUUGCUCAUGGAUCCAGAGUUAAAAGCAGAAACUGCUGGGUACCGCUGUGGAGGGGGUCGCUGGGUCCUGCUGGCCGGGAUAGCUCAGUUGUGACUCUGGGUCCUCCAGUGGAUGUCCUGCUCAUGCUGGCACCUCCGCUGACCCUUUUCUAUGCUCACGCUCUCUGUCCACAUCUGUUACACCGGCGCCACCUUUUGCCAUUAUGCCCCAUGCUUCUGAGUACACCUGGUCCUACCUGGAGCCUUGGUAUGAUGGGUGACAGUGACUGAGGGGGCCAUUGAGAGCCGGAUGGGUUCUGCCGUGGAACGCCAGCGACUGACCGUGACCGGGGCUUUUACCCACCCACCUACCCUCGUAAUGGAGUUCUGUGGAGUGGAUAGACGGGUUUGAGGGAAGGGUGGAGGUGGAUUAAACUGGUCUGGGGAGUGCCGUGCUGGGGACCUAGAAGCAGCCCGGGCUGUCCCCACCCCUUUCUGGUACUGUCUUACUAAAUACCCUGCUCCCCUAGGCGUCUUGAACUGGCCCCUCUGAAUUCCUACCCUGGUCAAUUUCAAGGACGCUGGCCAGUCUGGGGCAGAUAAUGG